AAUCAACCAAAUUAAAAUUGAUACACAAAAAUAUGAAUUAUAUCAAUUCAAUAAUAAAUUUGUUAUUCUACGAACAAAUAUUAUUAACAAUGAAUAUUACAUUGAUGUUGAUGUUAAUCCUGAAUUUAUUCCUUAUAUUCCUACUUUGUCUAAAUUUCUUUCAUAUCAAAAAUGUCAUGAGAAUAGUGUAUUUCAAUUACCAUCAAUCAUCACACAUUUAUCAUAUUUCAGAAUUCCAUUACCAGAUAUUUUACAUUGGAUGAAUAUUGAUAUUUCAUCACCAUCAGGUAAAACUAAAUUCACACAAAUUCUAUUAAACAGUGAACCAAAAGAAUUAGAAAUUAUUCUUAGAGGGAAUUUGAUUAGCAAACAAUUUCCACAAAUAAAAGUUGAUGAUUUUUUACAUGAAUUUAAUCAACAAAUCAAAAUGAAUGAGAGUUUCAAAAUAAUAUUAAAUGAAUAUUUCAAUACAUCACAUGAGAAUAUCAUUGAUAACUUCAUUAAUAAUACUAGAAUUAAUUUAGAUGAGCUAAUUGAAAAUACAGAAUUUUCAGAAAAGAGAGAUGAAAUAAUAUUUAGAAUGAUAGAAAAUGUUGUUAAUAAGAAAGGAAAAAUAUCACCUGAACAAUACGAAGUAAUUAAAUCAACAUCAUUAAGAGAAUAUUCAUUUGAUGAAGAGUAUCUUAUUGAUAUAAUUUGUGUUAUUCAACAUGAUAUCAAUGGACAAAUCAUUACAAAUGAUAGAAAAAAGAAAGCAUUUAAUAUAAUAGAUACAAACAAUGAAAUAAUUAUACAAAAAUCAAUCAAUGUGGUACUUGAUCACAAAAUAUAUGAAUAUAAUGAUUAUAGUGAAUUUGAAUUAAAUGAAAUAGUAAAAAAUCUUAUUGAAAUGAAUAUUGAAGAUUUUGAAUUCAUAUUUAGGAAUAUUGGAGAACAUUCAUUAUUAACAACAAAAGAAUGUGGAAUGGCAUGUUUUAGAAUAAAUGGGAAAGAGUAUGUCAUUGUAAAGAAUAUUGACUAUAUCAUUUUAUUUGAUGAACAAGGGAAUAGAAAUGAAAUUGAAGGAGAAUUUUCAUUAUUUGGAGGAGAACAUGAUGCAUUAUUUAUUGAACAAAGAAAUCUUAUUUUAUGUGAUGAAAUAGCAAAUAUCAUUAAAAAGAAACAAGAAAUAAAUGAGAGAGUUUCUGUGUUUUAUGGAGAAGAGUUAUAA